AGAAUUUGGGACACACUAGUUCUGUCAGUGUCGUGCCAGAUGAAAAAAAAUCCCAUGAGAACCUUCCUUUUUGCGUGUGCAAUUCUAGUCAAGGAAAAAGGAACCCGUGAGUGCAUUGUGCGAGGCCUUUUGGUGCUGCCACGAUACCCAAAGCACCCAGCAGUGCAUCUUUUACCAUCCCACAGUGCGUGUACCCGUUGAUUGGUGAUGUGAAUUACAGGAAGCAGGAUGGGAUGUAUCAACAGCAAGAGGGACAUAAAUGACACACAUCCCAAUAUUUUUCGCGUUAUAAACGUCAAUGAGGAGGGUGUGGAGCUCUGGGCGGGGGAUAUUGAAGUCAAUUGGGCCAACUUGACGCUGUACCGGAAGGGGAAGGAGCCCACACGGUACGUAUGGCCACUACGAUGCCUCCGGAGGUAUGGCUACGAUGGGGAUGUCUUCUGCUUCGAGGCAGGAAGGCGCUGCCUUACGGGCGAGGGUAUCUACUCAUUCCGAUGCCGUCGCGCUGAGCACCUCUUCAAUCUCCUACAGUCCCACAUUGAGGGUAACACGUACAAUGCAUCGGAUGAGAAUACCAAUGCUGCCGAAGGGCAGUCAGCCAGCAAUCGUCACUCCACCCUGUCGACAGGAAGUGGUGUGAUGAGACCCAAUAGUGGCAUCCUGCCCAGUAGCUACAUCAUUGGUGGACGCACGGAAGUCACAUCACCCAGUCAGGUGAUCUCCCCCAAUGGGACAAUCCACUCGAGUUCCCUGCAGAGUCGCAGCUCAGACACACUGGCUGCCGAGGGGAAUUAUCUGGAACCAACGCCAAAUCGUCAGCAAGCACCGAGAUUCACGUCGGGAAUGCGAUUGGGAAGUGUGGGCAGUGGCCCCAUUAGUCCGGAUCUCAUUUCACCCGGAUCCCCAAACAGUAUUACCAACAUCCUCGAAGUGACAACCCUCAAUCCCCUUCCCAGCACCCACACACAGAGCACGGGUGUGAGUAAUCUGUACCAGGAAUUCCCCCUGAGGGAGCACAACAACAACAAGAAGCUCUCUUUGGACAUUCCGCCACAGGAGAAUGCCCCCGCGGAGCCACAGGCCACCACUGAGGGCUCCGUGGCGUGCUCACCCAGCCGUGUGCCUGAUUUGGUGUCGCAGAAGAGUGUGUGCUCUCCCACGGCAUCCGUGGACAUCGAUAGUUCCCACAUGUACAUGAAUAUUGCUCCAGGUGAGAUGAAAAUGACGAAAUCCAUGUCAAAUCCCACGCACAUCGAGAGCACCGAUGUGGUGGCCAGUACCAUGACCCCCACGUCCACAUCACUCUUCCGGUUUACACGCAUGAAUUCCUAUGGGACUGAUCCGGCGGAGAGGUGCUACGAGAACCUCAAUCCUAGUGAGAUGAAGCCCCUUCUCACGGGACGCUUCCCUGCUGCUGCAGAUGCGGCAAAAACCUCCGAACCCAGUACACCAACAGCAGAGAAUCGUGUUGUGAACUACAUUGUGUUGGAUUUGGAUCACACACCUGGUGGGGGUGGCAAUGGCGCAGCAGGGAGUGCACCGGGGGAGACACCAGGUGCCAUUGGAGGGAGCCUCCUACCGCCGGAAAGCCCAAAGAAGGCAGCACUGGGCUAUGCAACAAUUGACUUCAACAAAACCGCCGCUCUGUCCAAUUCAACGACUCCGUCUUCCGAGCUCGAAAGCGAAGGUGCCACCCGGAAGACCCGGCACAGCUCCACAAUUGUCACCACGCGACAGAGCAACUCCAUAAGCGAUUGAACGUACCACCCCCUUCCUUCCUUAUGGUGGUCACAUGGAAUUGAGACAAUUCGUCCAGGCUGUGUCCCCACAGCAGGAACAACAGCACAACAAUGCGCCAUCAGAUAAUGUUCAAACGGAAGGGAAAUAUCCUAAACUAAAGACAAAAACUCCCCUUCCUCUGACAUUGUUAAAUCUGAAGAGGCAUCAUUGAGAAAAAAAAAUGUUUUACACUAAAUGAGAAGAAGAAAAAAAUGGAAUUUUUGUGAUUUUUUAUAUACAUAAAAAAGAGAAAAAAAUAUAAAAAAUAUAUUAGAAAUGAUAGGAAAACCUAAUUUAAUAAAUAUUA